CAUCCGUCGGUCGCCUGUAGUCUGAGUAAAUGAAGGCACAUUCAACGAGAAAUAUACAGUGGAAAAGCUAGAUUUUCAUGAAAUUAAAAGUUCCAUGAAUGACAAAGAAGUUUUGUUAGUGAAUUCCAACGUUUUCCGCGCUCGCAGCAACGAUGGCCGGUCCUGUGGACACAAGGAAACGUUCGCGCGAGGAGGAACAAAACGAGUUUAUGCCCUUAUCGAAAAGAAUAAACAAUUUGCAUCUUAAUACCAGUCAACACAGUAUUGGGGGUGUGUUGCAGGAACAACUUGGCCCGACCGUGGCGCCCCACGGACAGUAUGCUGUAGGGCAACAGCAGCAUGAAUAUGUUAGUCAUCAGAAUCAUAAUUUGUUCGGCGGGGGAUCUGAUGGCCACAGCAACCACCUAGGAGUCACGGCUGGUAGCUCCUCCAGCAGCAGCAAUGGUUCACUGUCCAUCCCGGCCAACAGCGCAAGCAACAGUCCUGCCUCGACCCACACCACUAUUUCGAUCAACGGGGAAAUCCUAGGUGAUUAUUGUCCAGUUUUAACGGCGGAAGAAAAUCCACACUACUUCACUAAGAAUAAAGUCCUCUACGAGUUGUAUGUCGAGCGGAUGAGGAGACUGCAGUGAAGCAGCCAAAAUUUCACCAAUGCUGGCCAUUGGCAUUACCAUUGGUUGGAUCGUGUGAUACAUAAUAAGGAACCUUCGCUCUUACCCAUUAAAUUCGUAAUUUUACGCGUGUAUUUUAUACGUUUGUUUAAUUUAGGUUUAAUUUCUUGAAUUUCUUCACAACUAAGUUAUCGUGAGCUUGCUAUUUAAUAUAAUUUUGCUCUAAAUCUGCUCGAUAUACUAUUCCCAUAGCCUUAAGUCUUGAAUGCAUGAAAGACUAAGUACGAUGGUACGAUUAUAAGGCCCAAUUUAUCUCGUAAACAAUCAUUACAAUUUUUUCCAGUUCGAUUGAAACAUUUUUGAGUAAUGCAGAAAAUACAUAAUGUAGCGUUUGUGGCUUAUAUUAUCCAUUCAUUUUAGUAAAGUGUUUGCACAUUAGUUGGGCCCUCCUCAUACGUGUGAUUUAUUAAAUUUGUCUAAAAGCAAUAACAAUAAAACAUAUACAU